GCUGCUGCUCCUCCAACUCCGUCCUCACACAGCAAACACGACCGGAUUCCUUUACAGCCACAGCCAUCCUGCGCCCUGCUCUCCCCGGGAGCCAUGCACGACCUGGCAAGAACAAGCACUUCCAGUGUCCUGACAUAAAGCAGGAAGUGACGUCAUCCUGGCGCCAGCUUGAAUAAGAAGCAUGCAGCAGUAGGGAGAGUUUGUAGCUGGGUCAUAACUGUGUAGGGGGAGGGAGUAGUCAUCACUCACCUGGGCUAGCUGUGGACAUAGGGCAGGUAAGUAGCUCUGCUCUGAAAUUACUCAGUGUACAAGGAGGGUGUGUGGCUGGUCCUGCAUGUCCCAUAUUGAUAAUGAGUAUAAUUUCCAUAGAUCUGUAUGGCUAGCCAGUAUGUAAUGGAGGCAGCCUCUUGUUUAUUUGCUAUCAUGAAAAUAAGUACAUGGAGGGAUAGUAACUAAACUGCAAACUGAAAUUAGAAUGGCAAAAUCCUAAGGAAAAUAGCCAUGGUGUAACCACACAUGAGUUGGAGAACUUUUCUAGUAUUUUGGUCCAAGUUAUUGCCAUUCAGAUUUUGGUUAAUUACAGUUUUUGGUGUUUACUGAAGUGUGGGUUGUUGGGCAUCUAAAGGAAAUGUAUAGUUUCUUUUCACCAAGCAGCAAUUUGCAGUGAAUCGAAAACCACAUUGCAAAUUUUAGGUAUAAAUGGCAAAGCUAUGACUUUAACUGUUUUGUGGCAAGGAAUUCACACCUUAGUGAAUAGCAAUUUGUUGAUUGUGGGAUUCAUUCUGGUCUGUAGGAAUAUGCGGUGCUACAUUUACUUGCAGGUUCUGAGUUUCAAAAGGAAUUCUGUUGAGGUCUAGUGGACCUAGACACACCUGGUUUUAAGAACGAUGGAGAGUUGACCGCAGAAUUCUAAAAUGUGUUUACAUUUUGCAAUUAAGUUCACAACUCCUAGUUUGGUAAAUAUGUUUGUAUGUGCUGAAUGAAGUGUGGUGUGUGUGUUUUUUUUUUUUUUUUAUCUUGCUUGUCACAUCGUGCAGAACACACAAGGGGCACUUCCAAAUGUUUUUGAUGAAAUUCUGACAAUUCUCUGUUUUUAUAUAUGUACAGGUUUCAAGGUAAAAAAUAAAUCAAGGGUUUGGUAUUUUUAUUCAGUGGAUCUCCAAAAUGACAAAACUUACAGCAGAUAUUCUUUUAAAGAAAGGACUUCCUAAAUCAACUUCUCUAAAAGAUGUGAAGAAAUUAGAGUAAGUAUUGAUCAUUAUUGAAGUGUGGGGUAUUCACAAGAGAAAUCCACUGGUUUAUCAUAACACACAUUUCUCAACACUCAUUGUGUACAUAAACUACAAUAAUUACACUGCAGGAUUAACUCCACCUCUAUUGGCUGUCUACCAGACAGCCACUAGAGGUGUUUCCGGCUGGUAAGGCGACUUUUGGUCACUUAACGCUGGAUGUCAGCACAGUCUGCAAAAGGACAUCCAGCUUUAACUAAAAUGCCAUAGGAAAGUAUUGAUUAAAUGCUUUCCUGUGGGUAGUAAUAACGUGAGAGUGGGUUGCCGCUCAUUAAGUCCCUAAUGUCAGGGUAGGAGGAGCAGAGAGGGGGAGAAUGGGGGUGACUGUAUUGUUCUGGUGAGUGUAAUCAGUCCCUCCCUGGCUUUUUUUCAGUAAACUCUAUUUUCAGAGAAAUUGCAGAGUUUACAUUUCAACCUUGGAAUACCUCCAGUCUCCACUUAUCAGACGCAUUGUAAUUUUUUUAAUUUUUUUUUUUUUUUUUUAUAUAGCUCAGUUUGUUUAGUAGACAACUCCCUUGUUUGGAUUGCCAUAUUUAAGGAUGCCAACUUGGGUAGCUUUCUACUAAACAAAUGCACAAACAUACAUACAAUCACAGACCUCUGCACAUAGACCUAUACACAGUCACAUACGUACACAAUCACAGACCUAUACACAGUCACAUACACUCAUAAUCACAUACGUACACAAUCACAGACCUAUACAUACCCACAUACAAUCAGACCUAUACCCACAAUCGCAUAUAUACACACAAUCACAUACAAACACAUAAUCGGAUAUGCACAAUAGCUGAUUUACACAAAGAUGGCCCUCUUCCCACAGAAACACUGACAAAACACACAAAAAAAUUACAUUCAUACUUAAGAGGUCCACCCAGCCUCCCUACCUUGCUCUGGGAGGGCUGGAAUGGAUCCUCUGUUCCUGGUGGCUAGCUGUUGCUGCUGAUCUGGGAUCCUACUGCAGGGCACACAAUGAAGCUAUCCUAGAGGAGCACAGUAGGUGAAGGACUCCCUGUCUCCCUCUCUGGGCGAAGAUGGCAACUGGGCUGCGUGCUGGACACCCCUGUUUUAAACGAUAUAUUAAGAAAGAAAAAAAGUUACAUAGAAUGUGACGGCAGAUAAGAACCAUUCGGCCCAUCUAGUCUGCCCAAUUUUCUAAAUACUAGUUGUUGGGGAGGGGGACAAAACAUGAAUCCAUAAAUGAGCAUGCUAUCCCUAAGUACCUCUACACCAUGGAGAAUAUUCUAGUGCCUUUGUAAACCAACUAACCCACAAACAUCAAAAAAGUGCACGUUAACCCAAAGAAAGGGCAUAUUAAAUAUUGGAGAUCACAGCAGUGAUUGGUUUUGUAGUGUGUGUGUUCUAUUUAUCUGUGAUGAAGAAAGGUCUUUAACAAAUUAUUGCAAUUGGGAGGCUACCAACUUGAUGAGUGUUCCUAAAACACAAUUUUUUUUAUUUUUUUUAUUAAUUUUUUUAUUUAUUUUUUUAUCUUAGGAAAUCCUUUUAUGAAUAUAUAACUUCUAUAUAGUGUGCAGAACAAACACAUAGUACUGAGUUUAUAGUUUUUAUUAUUUCUCCUACUUUUGUUUCCAAAAAUGCAUGUGCAAGUAUCGGUUUAUAAACCUAGCCAUUCUAGUAGACCAUACCUGCCCAUAUAAGAUUUUUAGAUGGAAAGUAAGUCAUACAUCCAUAAUUCUCUAUUUAUUAUACACUUUUUUUGUUUGUUUUUUAAAUGUAUUUAUUUUAUUUUUCUAGACCUGUCUUGCUGGUUCAUGACGUUUGUCAGGCCCUGAUGUAUCAUGUCAAAUCCAUUUCAGUGUGUGUGUAUUUAUUUUUGCAGUCUCUCAAAAAUGCACCUGGAAACAAAAGAUCUAGACCCAAAGCUAUUUUCUCAAAUGGUAAAUCUUGAAGAACUUGAUAUUUCUGGAAACCUCCUAUCCGAAAUCCCCAUCAACCUGAAACUUAGUAAUCUACGAGUUUUAAAUAUCAAUGAUAAUCAAGUUGAAGAGAUCACAGUUUUGAAGGAGUUUCCAAAUCUUGAGGAGGUCCUCUACGAAGAAAAUCUGUACCUGACUGUAUGUGUCUCUCUCUCUCUCUUCUCAUUCUUUGCUAGAACUGUUAUUUGUCACAAAAUAAAUCCAUAUGCAAAAAUGUUUUUUGCUCAUUAAUGUGCACUUUUUAAAUUUUUUGGUAGACAUUACAAAACAAACGUUACAGAUUUUUAGGGUAAAAAUCAAACUGUGAAGAUAUUCCACAUGUUGUAUGGAUGACAUUUAUGAAGCUGUUUCUUAUUUAAACAAAUAACCAUGUUAUUUAAUGUUUGAGGGGUUAAGUAAUGGGUGUUCUUUUCACAAAAUCAAGACUUGGGGUGCUUUGGAUUAAGAACAUGAAAAAGUAAUCGCAACAACAAUUAACCAUAGGUUGUUUUGUUUUUUUUGUUUUUUCUAGGUGAGCGAUAAUCACAAGGUGUUUUGUCUCUUACCCAAGUUACGAAGGCUAAAUAAUAAAGAUAUAACCUCUUUAGCUAAUCAUGUUAGGUUUGUCAAUCACAGAGAGCUAAGUAACAGGGUAAGUGUACAUUUCAAAGCUUUCACAGUGCCACUAAUCAGAUCUUCCGAUUGAGCAGUGUUCACAGAAAUAUUCACAAAACUGAAACAUGUUCAUCUCUUAAAUGUACCUCUUCAUUGCAAGAUUAUAUAUGACUUUAUAACAUUUUAAACGUUGCCCUUUUAAAACUAAGAACUGGUGUCAUAGAAGUAUGUUCCAAGAACUAUCCUUCUUGUAAGACGAUAUCCAUUUAGUAUGUCAUUAUUAAACCAUUAAAUGCAGCUAUGAUGGAAAAUCUUGCAUAUUCAAUUUAUCUUUAAACUACCUCUGAUAUGUUCACCUCCUAAUGUAGGUUGAAUCUUACUGGGAAAAAAAUUAUAAAGACAAAUUGCCCAAGGAACCUUCCACAGAAAAAAUAAAAGCUGUAGGUAAAGACUUUAUGAAAACUGUUGUGAAUAAUGUUCGCUAUGGGCCAAAUUCGCUAAAAGACUUUACCAAGUGGAAGGUAAGUCAAUGGGACGUGUGUGUGUGUGUGUGUGUGUAUAUAUAUAUAUAUAUAUAUAUAUUUUAAUUUUCUGUUCUCCUUUCUUUCUUAGAUUAGGUAGCACCUUUUUAAUUCUAUAAGUGUAUAUGGUCAUUUUCUAGUCUGUGUUUUCCUAUUUUUGGUUUUCUCUGUCCAUACAAACAUGCAUUUGUUCUCUAAUUUGAACACAGCUAUAGCAAUGUAAGGAAAUAUCUAACUCCGUGGUUCCCUAACAUUUUUUAGGUUUAAUACGCCCUUAAUAUUUAAAUAUUUUUCCAAGGUGCCCCAAGUCAAACACAUUUUUAGUAUUCUGUACAAUGCUGCAGCAUAUGCUGGGCCCCUGUUCAGCAUAAAUGUUUCCCAGACAGGUGCAAAUCCAGAACCUAAUCUUGGGAGGGGCGCUGGUAGAUUAUUUAAAAAUUAAAAUCCAGGCACAAUAACACCUACAGCACUCUGCAGUGUUGUGGUGCCCUCCCAGGGUAAGUAGUCAAACUGAUUUAAGAACAGUUUGACAACUUACCUGAUAACUGUAACCAUUGCAACGCUCUAAACUCGCAAGAGGAGAAACCGACUGAGCUGCAGAUAAGAGCUCCUCUGGGUCCUCUCUCUUCCUCCCUCUGCUGACUGCAGCAUUUCAGUGUUAGCGGGCCUGUGAGGGAGAUUUUUUGAUCUUCUCUUUGGUCCUGCAGAGCUGGCAAGGGAGAGCGAGGCACUGCACAGUUCUCGGUGCUAUGAUCGAAGCUGUAAGUUUAUUUAUUUUAAUUCUUCUAAAAAUCAACAAUGCUGGUCUUAUAACUCCGUUAUGGCUAGAAACAAGUCUCUAAAAGAAUAAAUGUGUGUGGUUUUUAUUUUAUUUUAUUAUUUAUUUAUUUUUAACUUUUAUUCCCCCUUUCCCUUUCCCCCUCUUUUUAAACGUAAGUAACUUUAAUUAUGUACAUUAAUAGACUUCAUAUCAGAAAGGUUACAGUGUGUAUGUUUAUGUACGUACAUGCAUAUCAGCUCGGUUGCAGAAAACCAACAUGACCUACGUCCUAUAUUUUGGACAGGGGUAUUGUUGUAUGUGGUUUGAAGCAAACAACCCAGGGAGUUAACCUAUGUAAAUGUGUGAGAUUAAACACAUUCAAUUGCUGUAUAAAUUACACAUCUAGGCUCUUAUUAUUAAAAUCUCGUAAUGUGUGAACAUAUCGUCAUAUUGGUUCUUUUUUUGUGACCUUUUUUUUGUGUGCCCACUUCAUACCUCCUUAUUUUGCUGUAUAGUAAUUUUUUUUAAUGCUUUUGUUACAUAGGUUCAACUAAUUGCUGAAAACCUCUUCUCCUCCUUGCUGGUUAGCAACGAAAGUGACAUAGAGCCUAAAUUAGAUCAAACCUCUACAAACAAUGCAACCAAGGUAAAUCAUGUGAACAAUGCCUAUAAAUAUCUCAAUUUCUAGAAAUAUAUAGAGUACAAUGUGUCAACCACGCAGAUAAAUGUUACUCUCGCAUGGGACUUUAAAAAAAAAAAAAAAAAAAAAAAUUGGGGAUGGUAAGUUUCACCUUAUACAGCAGUAUUGAGAUAGGCAAUGAUUUCUAUGUAACUUUUCGUUAUGUUACCACAUGUGUUGUCCUUGUGUUCUGUAUUUCUUUGAACCUUUGGUGGGGGGUUGCCAACUAUGAUCACCGGGUAUUCUGGGGGUGAGGGGGAGCUAAGUAUGGGUAUGGGAGGAGAUAUGUUUUAAUGUUGUGAAGAGGGCUUCACGGUUGGUCUAGAUUAUAUAGAUUACUGUAGUAGUCCCAGAAAGGUUUUGGCUAUGUUUGUUUAUUUUUUCCGGUUUCUCCAAUAUAACCUAUGAGUUUAAAAUAUAAAGUUAUAUAUACACCUUUACAUUUUUAAGGCAUUGCAAAGUUCCAACAGAAAGAAGCACAAUGGAGACUCACCAGAAGAAUCUCCCAAAAAAAGGGUUCGAAUAACCGAUGGUAUGUCUUCUACAACUCUGUCACCACAAAGUUCAAAAAAAUUACUUGAAAAAUCAUUUAGGAUUACGCCAGUCAAGCAAAAACAAGAAUGCACACUGAAAGACCAGCAAAGUGAAAGUAAAUUGCCAAAGUCUCCAAUAGCCUCUUCAAAGUCCACUCCUUCCAAAUCACAACCCAAGGUGGAAAGAACAUCCAUUAAUGGAAAACAAAAUCUUUCACUGAGUGGACGGAAAGCAAAGGUAGCCAUUCAGAGCUAAAUAUUUUGAAUGUCAUUCUGUUUACUCCUCCUUUUCCUGCCUUCACAAGAUAAAAAUAUCUAUUAUUCGUAGCUCCUGUAAUUAUUUACUUAUAAAUUUUCACCUUGAAUACAUAAAGUAAUAUUAUUAGUUAUGCAUACUAUGAAACCGCUGUCCAUGAGUGGUUCACUAGCUUUGCAUCUUUAAGUUGUAUUUCAAAGCUGUUGUAUACAGCAAACACAGACUAAAAGGAAUCCAUGUAUAAAAUGGAAUGAGGCAAAAAUGUGAUUCUUUGUUAAACUAAUUUGCAUAUGCCCACCCAGAAUCCUUUACGGUAGUAACAUCACUGCAAAUUUGUGAUUUCUGUGGGAAAAGCAAGUCUUAUGGCUUGACUGGUGUGCAGAUUUUUGUUUAACAUUGUAUAAUUUUUUUUUUGUAUGUGUGUUGGCGGUUGGGGUAUCAGAGCUGCUUCUAAAACUGAAGCUUUUAUUCCGCGUAAUCAGUCUGGCUACGCUACAUGCACCAGGAAGAACCUCUGUUUAUGUCAAACAAUACCUGAACAUUUUGACAUUCUACUGGGGACGGCAGCUAAGACACAUUUUGUGUUCUAUAAUUUGUCAAAUUUAUAAUCCUUUUAUUGCAGGGCCAGCCUGUUAAUGAAAAUUGUCUCUGGCAUCUCUUUUGUCAUGGCAUGGUCUACCCUACUCUUCUUGCUAAUCAUUGCUGGCCACAAUUACAUCCUUCCUCCUGCUGUCACUUGAUGGUCACAAUAUGUGGUCGCUCUGGAGAUCUCUUCUGCAUCGUGGGCCUCUAUAAUUCUCACAUCACAGCCAACAGGGAGCAGCAUGAGGCAGUGGGGGAACCUGUGGCCAACAGGGAACUGAAUGAGGCAGUGGGGGAACCUGUGGCCAGCAGGGAACCGAAUGAGGCAGUGGGGGAACCUGUGGCCAGCAGGAGACAGAGGAGGAUUUUUCAGUCAACAAGUAACCUCAAUAGACAGAGGAAGAUCUUCCAGAUGGUUUGUUUUUCUAUACUUUUUUUUUUUUUCUUCAUUUGCACGAUUGCUUGCGAAGAUUCCCCCUAAUCUUCCCAGUCAGCCCACCAGGCAUGGUGAUGUGCGUGCAUCAAUAGAAUGAAGCUGACAGACAUGAGCAUACUGUGCCGAUAGUCUUUCUGUCUGGCAGGAGGGAGUGGGAGCGCUUUUUUUUUUUUUAAAUUUAUAUAUAUAUAUAUAUAUAUAUAUAUAUGCUAGGUAUUUCGCUAGCACAAUGUAUAUACGAGAUCGCAUGAGGAAUCCAUUUCAAUGGAGUGAAAAUAAGCAUGACCGGUAUCGUUCUAUUAAGGUUUUUUUUUUUUUUUUUAUGCUGUAUUAAACCAUUGCUUUAAUUAUCCCAGGAUACCAUGACCGUAAAAUAUAGAAUUUUAUUUCAUGACCCGGCACCUGUUUUAAAGGCUAGCAUUUGCAAACUACUAGGAUUUUUGUUUUAUUUUUUAAUUUUAAUUUUUUUUUCAUUGUGUGCAUUUGGUGGUUUUUACAUAUUGGAGGUAGUAUAAAAAUAUAAUCAUUAUUCCUAUCGUAUUGCACAAUUUUCUUGUGUGAAUUUUGUUUUGUAUUACCUUCACAAAACCUCCAAUAUUUUCUCACUUUUUCUGUUUUGUCUUGUUUUUCUUUUAGUCAUGGCUUAGAAUUAUUUGCAAAAUAACAUUUCUCCAUCUAUACUCUGCAACAAGCUUUACAUUUGACAUGUUUUGGUUUUAUCCUUUAGAAAGAGUUUAAUGUGGAGCCACUCCAUUUCCUGCAGUGCCACAGUAAAAACAACAAUGCGAAUGACUUCAGCACCCAGUUAUGGUCUUGUGCAUUUGAACCAGAUUUGGACACCUCUUUAAGUAAGGGUGAGUAGCUGUGAAAUAUAAUUUGCAAUCUCCGUUCCUACACCAAACCAUUGGAAGCUUUGUAUAGAUGAGAAGAGGCAUAGCGCCUUUUUUUUAAUAUCCAUUGUUUCCUUUUAAAUUGGUCACUGCCAUAGUAACCAGAUGGCUUUCUGGAUAAAGUAGCAGUUACAUCGAUUUAUUUUCCUUAUUUUUGUUGUUGCUUUUGAACAGUGCUGCUGUUUUAAAGUGAUAUUAAACACUGCUCUAAAGGUUAUGGUGCUAACAGUUACCUGAUGCCACCCCAAGAAAAGUACACGGUUUGUCACGAACUUGGAUGUUUCAGAUGCCAGUGGUGCACCCAGUGUAAUACAAUAUUGCAUAAGAACUAAAUGAAAGAUGUCUAAAUAGGGAUAAAAUUAAUGUUGUAAGCUGUAACUUCCAUUUUAGCCGUAUUCCAGAAGGUGAUGCUGCUAUUUGUAAUGGCAGUAACCUGUUGCAUGCAUACACUGUGAACCUAAUGACUGUGUGAAUUAUGUUGGUGGCGGGUUUCAUGCAUAAAUUGUUUUAUUCCUUUUCAGUUAUUGCGUCCUCUGGAGGGGACUCUGUGUGCGUUGUUGACUGUGAGACCGGAAAGGUUCUAAAGAAGUAUAAAGUAACUGGAGAGGUAGGCAUCUGUCUAAACCCAAGAAGCAUUGCUCUGUGUCACCUUGGGUAUGCAACGCAACCCCAUAAUUACUUGCACUUUUCCAUCGCUGUACAUUAAAUAAAACUUUUCAUUCACUCCGUUACUAGUGUUCAGUUUUUAGUUUUAAGUUUAGUUUUUUCACCACUUUUGCACUUCUUUAACAUUUGAUUUUGUUUUGAAGGAAUUAUUUUGUGGUUUAUGGAGACAUUAGGUGACUGAUUUUCGCAACUAGUGGGCAAAUCCAAUAAAAUGUCAAAUAUUUAUCAGUAUAAUUUAUAAAGCACUAGCAUAUUCCUCAACACUGUACAAAAUUUUCAUAUUUAGGCCUUCGUUUUUAUUUUGGAUAAGCUUUUCAGAUAAUCACAAUCUGUUAGGAAAACUGUUCAAAUUAUUUAUCUACAGAAGUCCGUGUUAGUCUAUGGGGACUUUAGUAGGGAAAUCAUCUGAAACCUAUAACAGAUUGUGCUAAUUUUUAAAAAGCAAAACAAUUUGAGAUUUAGGAUUAAGAUCUGAUGUGUCCUGGAGGCACCAGUUUUUAUGGGCCACUGCUAUAUAUUAUGCAGCUUUUAAAGUGUUAAUCCACAGAACAUGCCCACUUACGUGAUUUUGUUUUAAAUAUGUUUAUUGUCAUCAAUAUAAACAUGGGUGUUGAACAUAGUAUUAUUGACGCAGAUAGUCGCCUACUUAGAGGCGUGCAUAUUGAAAGUGUAAACAACGUGAGGCCGACAUAUUUCAGUUAGCUCAGAAUAAUAUAUGGUUGCCUGCGCAGAGGCAUAGAGGUCAAAAUAAACAAGCAAUGACAAAUAUUGGGUAUUAAUAGGCCUUGCAUAGCUAGACAUACAAAAGGCGUUAAACCUGCUUGGUACUGCGUUGUUAGGGCGUUGUUGACAGGUAUGUAGUGGCAGUUAGUAACGUGUAUUCAGCUAUCAGCUCACUGAAUGGUACUAGUGUGGCUCGUUAAUGGGUGCUUUCAUUAAGGUGCGUCUUGCACAUUUUGCCGCUAGGUAUGCGACAUGGACUGAUGUGUUAUAGGCCCUCUCCCUGCGGGAGUGUGACCUUACGUGUUCUGGGCUUACAUGAUUUUGAAGUGAUCAUGGUGCCUGGAGUGGUUAGUGUUUUGCAAUGAAACACUGCACAUACAGAGAUUAAAUCCUCUGCUGCCGGAGGUGUAACUCCACUCUGUCUGUGUCAAGAAUACGGGCUGGCUAAUCUGAAUAUCUGGGCUGCCCAUGUCCUCCACUUUAAAAAAAAAAAAAAAAAAAAAAGUAUUCAUAUAUUAUGCGUUUGGGGGAGGGAAGCACCACCAUAGAAAGGGUUCCUCUAACCAAAUGUGUGUGUUCUGAAAAAACUUGAUUGGCGUAAUCAGUUUACUGAACCCCAUCUUUUCUUUUUUUUUUUUUUUUUUGUGUUCCUUGCAGUGGUUGGGAUUGAUACUUAGAAAUGAUACAACAAAUGCAAGGCUUCCAUGUUUCUAGAUUUCAGUGUCUCUUUUUACAUUGUCUGUAGGAGUCUUUAAGACAACCGGUAGACCGUCACAUUUAAAAGGCAAUACUUGUGAUAAGAGUCUGAUUAUACAGCAACACAGCAAACCAGAUGUUUAAAUCGUUGUUAAUAGGACUAUUUAGUUGACUACAUUUUAGUUUAUUAAACUAUAAUGGUUUAGUUAGUGCAUUUCUCUAGUAUUUCUAAACUUAUGUACUCCUGGAGCAGUAAAUGUCUGUUUAUGGGGGCGGAGCUAACGGCGUUCAGGAGCAGACGCCAUUUCACCCAGCUCCUCGCUCAUCGCCCGAGAAAUCACCCAUAAUUGGCGUACCGUCACACAUCCAGAGCCGUAAUAGCGAUCCUUGUACUGGGGACCGCAUACCGGACCUGUGGAUGCCUUUUUUAUGCCCGUCGGGCACAAAACUCCGGCGCAAAGGGCCUCGGGCCUACCGGGCGGGACUCCCGCGGCAGCCGCGUACUACCUCCUGGGACGAAGUCUACUGGGACACAGACCCACAAGCAGCCGACAUACCUUGGGACAUACCUGAACCCUCGAUGGGCCGCAAGUCACAAAAACCGGCUCCGGCCGCGGCUGCCUCAAACCACGACAUCGGCCAGAUGCUGGUCUCGACGCCCCGCACGCGGGAGCCAUCAUCCCCUCGGCGGGAGACUACAACUGACCCAGUGGUGGAUAAGGUACCUGGGAAUGGAGCACAGGCUACGCCUGAAAGUGAACCACCUGUGACAAAACGGGACAUCCACGAUCUCCUGGCACACUUCCAGGACAUGUUCUUUGCAGAACUCAACCUGGUUAAAGCAGAGAUGUAAGCAAUAACGGAACGCCUCCGAGUAUCUGAGGAGGACUCUGCUGACAUGAAACAAAACGUGACCACCCAAGGGGAAGCUAUAAGCAGCUACAGACCUCCCACUCCCAAAUAGCAGCCAGAAUGGAUGCAAUGGAAGAUUAAAGCAGACAAAAUAACAUCAAGGUAAGAGGAGUAGAGGAUACCGUACCAGCAGAAGAACUACCUCACCUCAUCAGGCGACUCACCGCAGCCAUCCUCCCAACCAAGCAUGCUAAACCGUUCGCCUAUGACUGACUAUACCGUAUCGCAACACCCUUGCAAACGCCAAACUCCCAGCCUAGGGAUGUCAUACUCUGUUGCCGAUCCUUUGCGGAUAAACGACUGCUGCGGGGGAAAACCCCGUUCCAAUUCGAGACUCACUCACAUUCUAUCAGGAUCUCAGUAAAGCUAUGCUCCUGUGGCGGAAAACAAUGCGCCCUGUCACGCAGCCCCUGCAAACCGCUGGCCUUCCUUAUAGAUGGACUAACUCAAGAGCACUGCUGUGCACCAAAGAGGGAAAAACCUUCAAAGUUACCAACCCUACCGAGGGCCUGCAAUUUUUACAAGCCCUAGGCCUGCCUGCGCCAGACCCAGCGACACUACCCCAAAGAACCUGGGACGUUGACAACAUACCUCCUUUCAUUCCCGGAGGGGAACGGGACACUCUCACUUGAAUGGGACCUAGACUGUAUAAGGUUUAUGUCUAUGCAUUUGGAAUUGCCCCCAUAGGCAAUCUAGUUUAAAGUUUUCUUGUUUGAUAUUUUUACAUUUUUAUUUUUUAUUUUUCUGUAACACGCGCUGACCGCUUCCACAUAGCUAUUUUCGCAUGCUCUUGACGCUACUAUACACACGAUCUCAGAGGCCCAACCACUUGUUCAGCCACUACACAAACUUACCCCUACGGAACCGUCUGACACCAAGACUUGCUUACCCUCCCCCCCCCCAAACCGCCCCACGAAUUGAGGGAACUAAGGCACACACAACACACCUGGGCCGGAACCCCACAAGCUACACUAGCAAGUAGACCACCAAAACCCCAGAAGGAACGCGACAAAGGUGCCACACUAAGAUCCCCUAGCCCAAUCCUCCAUUCCCAUUAGACUUAGCAACCGGAGAACAACACAUUCACCUUACGACGGGACAGCUCAUCCUGCAAGGGCUGUUUUAUAAACAUAUUGGGCACUACACACCAAGUUCUUUACAUGCCUCGGUUUACAGCAUACAGAUGUAACUUUGUAAUACUAUAAUCCAUGUACAAACUUCUGGACCACUACCUUCACUAAAUAUAAAAUGUGUUGUCUAAUCUGCCAUGUUAAAACUUACUACGGACGUAUUGUUAUUGUACCCGCUGUUGUGGCGCUGCAAAAACCUGUUACUCUAUGCACAAGUAAAAUAAAAGAUUGGAAAUAUAAAUGUCUGUUUAUGGUAUCAAGGUUUGAACACAGACACUGAUUUAAAUGUUGCAAUAGAACAUGUCUUUAUCAUCAAAUGAAAUCAAGCAAACUAAUAUGGCCUUGCAUUUUUACAAAAGAUCAGUAAUUAGAUAUGCAUUGAUUAGAACAAGUUGCAUAGGACAUCCGUCCCUCCUAAACAGUUUUCUGUUUCAUUAGUUGUAUUUUUGUUCUGGUUUUUGUCGUAAUCACUUUUUUAUUUAGUUCUAUUAUUUUUAUUUCUUUUUGUCACUGAAAACCUGGUUUUGAUAAAUGUUUGCCAGCGAAAUGAACACUGGUUUGAAUAACAGAAGCCCAUAUCCUUUGGCGAGUGCUUUUGCACAUAGUUUCAUAGUUUAACCAUUGGAUUGCAACACCUGCCGUUUACCAGUGCUCUGGGUGACAGUUGUUAUCCUCACAGGGGUUUUAAGUAGGGAUGCACCAAAAUUCAUGCUGCCAAAAUUUUCGGCCGUAGAUAGGCCUAUCCCAUUUCUGACUGGGGAGGAACAUUAAGGGGGGAGACUAAGGUACAGGGAAUGGAAAAAUUAACUUUUUCAUAUUCGAUUCAUUUAAGUCUAAUAUUAACAAUUUUAUAGGAAAAAAAAAACAUUUUUAAAAUAAUUUGGGGAAAAUAGUUUUGUUUUUCGGCCAAGGGCAUCCUGAAUUUUCGUUUUCGGCUCAGAAUUUUCAUUUUGGUAGUUUCAGGCACAUGGUUGCUUGAUGGAUAAACUAGAACAAUACAUAACUUACUGUACAGUCACAACUGAACCACUUGGGAGUAGAAAAUGUGUGCUUGUUGGAAUCUGUUUCUCUCCAUAACAUUUCUAUUUAAUAGGAAAUAUGCUUUUUCUUUUGCGGAGUGUAUUAUGGGGGAGUGUAUUAUGUUACUCUAGGGGAGAUAAAUUGUAGCUACAUUUAUUUAUAGACUCUUUCUUUCCAUCCUCCUAUAGCAUGCACUAUGUUCAUUUUAUUUGUUUUAAUGUUUCUCAAUGUCUCUUUUCAGGAGUUCUUUACUUUGGCCUGGACAACUCUUACAAUGAUAAGUAAAGAAGGGCAGAAGAGGAAAAUCAAUGUUUUAGCAGCAGGUGGAAAACUUGGAGUUAUAAAACUAAUACACGCAAAAGUCAAUUUGGCAUAUGGGGAAAUAAAAGCGCACAAGAAAGCCAUUUCUAUCAUGUGCUUCAGCCCAACACAGGAAACCUUUCUUUUCAGUAAGUCUCCAUACAACCUCAUUCUCUCAUUAGUUGGGUAUCCUUGCAGAAGGUUUUUGGGAAAAUCUCUCUCAAUGAGUAUUGUUUUCUCUCCUCAAUUAAUCUGUCAGGGGCAAGCAACACCAGGUUAACAGGACAGUCUAAGCACCAGAAUCACUUAAUUUAAUGAAGUGAUUUUGGGGCAAAGAUGCUAUCCUGGUAGCCUUGUAAAUGAAAACCGCAUAUUUUUGGGGAACACAUUUAAACCAGGAAUACUUGUAAUUAUGAAUACCUUAUUAUAAUAAUUUUGAUAUUUUGUGAUGAAAUUAAUAUUCUAACAUUAUGAAUUAAUAUAAUUUAUUGACAAUUCAAUACUUUGCUUAGAAAAGCAUUAGCACUAUGCAUCACUUAAAAAUGUUUGGCUUGACUAUGCUGAACAUGAAGAACAAUAGAGGCACACUGGCUGACAUGCAAACCUUACCAUCUAUCACAAAUGGCAAGCUUACAUUUUUUUAGACCACAGAGACUCUGUAUGCAUCAAAACCUCUGCAUUAAGAUGUAGUGGUUUUUUUUUUGGUUUUUUUAAACCUUUUUAGAAUCUCAUUGGCUGGGUCUCCAAGGAUUUUGGUAAUUCUUGAUACUUGCCCAUAACUGGGUACUUCUCAUAUUGCUUUUACAGUGUACUUUGUGUGAGUAAUGUCUCAAUUGUGAGUUUGAAAGAAGGAUGGUUAAAUGUUUUUUUUUUUUUUUUUUUUUUUUUUCAUAAGCUGGAUCUUACGACAAUAGAAUUCUCCUUUGGGAUAUUGGUGUGCCAGAUUAUGAAUACAACUUCAGAACUAGGUACGACGUUAUAAAACCGAGUCAACACAAUUAAAAACUUCUGACUUGCACAUGAUUUCUAGUCUUGUUUUCUUUACCAAGUGCAUUGACUGUUGGCCAAAUGCUGUCUCUAAUUGUGUUGGUAAAGCUCCUAUAUUUAUGGACAAAGUGGCAGUUACACUUAAAGCCAACACAAUUGGUGUCAUAAAAUGUCUAAUUACAAUUAAAUGUCGUGGUUUGUUUGUUUUUGUUUUUUCCUUUUUUUUUUUUUUGUAGCAAGGUUACAUAUGCCAACAGUUGAUAAAGAUCCUUUCAGGAAAACAUGUUUUCUAUGUGAUGUACAUAUUGUUUACACAGGGCCGGUGCAAGGAUUUUUGCCGCCCUAGGCAAAAGUAAAGUUUGCCGUGACAUCACAAUGCCCCACCCAUAUGACCUGCCAUGUUAACUAACGCUAGUGCUGCAGUGCCGCUGUGUUUACAUUAAAAGGCCUGCAGGGACAGGCUAUAGACACCAGGACCACUACAUUAAGCUGCAGUGGUUCUGGGGACUAUAGUGUCCCUUUAAUGUGAGGUAAAUUAGAGAUUAGUGCCACGAAUAAUAUACUAUAUUACCUACUUACAAGCAGAUGAGGAUGAUGAUGGGCUCUAGCUGCAGUCUGGCUCCACUGGUCUGGUGUAGAACAGGAUCUCUGGAGGCUGUUUGUAACUGUGGUCACAAAAAUCAAUGUUCUGGGAGAACAGGAAGCAGCUCCAUUUUUUGGGGGGCCCUUUAUACAGCUCAAGGUCUGGGUCCCAGGGUCCACCUUAAUGUUCCACCAAUGAGUUUGUUCACAGGGGGUGGAGUGUGUGUAGGGGAUGUCCUGAUUUGUGUGUAAGGAAUGCAUUGUGUGAAUCUGUGUUUGUAUGUGUAAGGGCUGCAAGGUGUGUUUCUGUGUAUGUACGGGAUGAAGUGUGUGAGUCUGUAAGGGGUGCAUUGAGUGUGUGUAUUGCAUUGUGUGUUUGUGUGUAAUGCAUUGUGUGUUUUUCUGUGUGUAAGGGGUGCAUUGUGUGUGAUGGAUGUCAAUCUCUCCCCCCUCCCUUGUCACUCUCUUCUCCCCCCCUCCCUUGUUACUCUCAUUCCCCCUCUCUCCCCUGUCACUCCCCCCUCCUUGUCAAUUUCUCUCCCCGUCAAUUCCCCUCCCUGUCAAUGUCUCCCCCCUCCCUGUUAGUUUCCCUCCCUGUUAGUUUUCACCCCCCCCCUCCCUGUUAGUUUCUUUCCCCCAGUUGGUUUCUUCCCCGUUAGUUUCUUCCCCGUUAGUUUCUUCCCCCCUUCCUGUUUCUUUCUUCCCCCUCCCUCCCUCCCUCCUGAACAACACACACUCCACUCAGCUGCCUGCAACAACAACAACAACAACAACAACAACAACAACAACAACAACAACAACAACAACAACAACAACAACAACAACAACAACAACAACAACAACAACAACAACAACAACAACAACAACAACAACAACAACAACAACAACAACAACAACAACAACAACAACAACAACAACAACAACAACAACAACAACAACAACAACAACAACAACAACAACAACAACAACAACAACAACAACAACAACAACAACAACAACAACAACAACAACAACAACAACAACAACAACAACAACAACAACAACAACAACAACAACAACAACAACAACAACAACAACAACAACAACAACAACAACAACAACAACAACAACAACAACAACAACAACAACAACAACAACAGCAACAACAACAACAGCAACAACAACAACAACAACAACAACAACAACAACAACAACAACAACAACAACAACAACAACAACAACAACAACAACAACAACAACAACAACAACAACAGCAACAACAACAACAACAGCAACAACAACAGCAACGCAACAACAACAACAACAACAACAACAACAACAACAACAACAACAACAACAACAACAACAACAACAACAACAACAACAACAACAGCAACAACAACAGCAACAACAAACAGCAACAACAGCAACAACAACAACAACAACAACAACAACAACAGCAACAACAACAACAACAACAACAACGCUCUUUCUUUCUUUCUUUUCUUUUGCUUUCUUUCUUUCUUUUUUCUUUCUUUCUUUCUUUCUUUCUUUCUUUUCUUUCUUUCUUUCUUUCUUUCUUUCUUUCUUUCUUUCUUUCUUUCUUUCUUUCUUUCUUUCUUUCCUUCCCAUGUUAUGCGCUCAUGUUUUUGCUUGUGAUGGUCCAUUUUUUUUUUGGUCGUAUUGUUGUGCCUCCUUUGCAUACUUCGCAUCGCAACCCUUACUGCUGCCAAAUUACAUCACCCACCAAUAUUGCAUCAGUGUUAUCUGUAGUUAAUAUUUUCCAUAAUCCACACCGCACAAAUUAAUUUAACACCUCAUGGUGUGUAAACUAUGCAUCUUCUUUUAUACUGUUGCUGCCUUGUUAAUGUCAAGGUGAAGCUCACAUGUUCUCUCUGAUCAGAUUGAGGAUUGAUACAAUAGGCAGUACUAGUUAGAUUUGUCAAUUUCUUUAUAAUGUUUUUUGUUUUUAUUUGAUACGGAUGAUACUUUGUAGGAUUGCUUUUAACGUGUAUGUUUUGUGAAACUUAUUUUAUUUAUAUAUAUAUAUAUAUAUUUUAUUUUUUUUUAAUUUAUGUUCUGUAUAUUUCUAUUUGUCUAGUCAAUUGUUGACGCUCGACACUACCUCUACUCCUUUACGGAUUUGUCCAGUUGCUGCGAGCCCCGAUCAGUACUUGCUGGCUGCUUGUGAAGAUGGCUGCUUUGUUUAUGACAUUAAACUUACUAAGAACCAGGGAAAAAGGUACUCUUUUCAAAUGCUUGCUAAAUCCUGAAAUAAAACCAUUUGUGAAACUGUGUUAAAUAGAACUUCAUUGCCUCCUUGCAAUGAAGAAUGCAAAGGUGUGCAGCUGCCAAGGGUUUUAUUUCUUAAAUUACUUAUCACUGCACAGCUCCGUUUAGCAUGUGCUUUGUGUGUAAUGCAUCGCUACAACAUGAGUCACUAGGAAAUUUGCAGUGUUCGCGAAGAGGUAUAGAGUAAGAAAGCACCUACCGGCUUCCUUUUCCCACCUCAUCUGCAAGUGGUCUAAACUCCAGGUUCUGAAAAGGCCACCAUAUACGUUAAUCAGUGCUGAGAGGUCAAGUGGACAUCUGGAGCUUUGAUUAAAUUGUCUGGUAAACUUUAGGCUUGGGUAUCAAAUGAUUGUUUUCUUUAAUUUCUGAAAGAAAUUAAGUGUAAUUCAGAAAUUAAAACUGCCAUGUUAGAUUGCAUUUUUGUCGCUAUAUCGUAUGAAUAAACACAAACAAAUAAUUGUUCUAGCACUAUAUGUUACCCUGUUUUAGUGUAAAAAAAAAAAAAAAAACAACCUCUAUUUCAUACUCUUCUUGUCAAUCUCCUUGCACAUUUAAAUAAAACAUAAGUGUUAUGCACAACCUCUGCCACUCUUAUUUUAUUGUUAGCCACUCACUGGUUCCUAAAAUAAAAUCGUAAAAAAUAAACCGCAGAACCUUACUUUGUUAGAGAACUGUCACUCUGUCCCACUGCAAAUUGUUUAAACAGUCCUAUAUUCAUUCACAAACAGUUGUGUCCGAAAAUAUUUGGACACUGACACAAUUGUUCUUUCUGCUUUUUAACUGUAAGUUGAAUUUAUUUUAGUAAUGGGUCACUAAUGUAGUUGUUCAGACGAGUGUAGUAUGUUCCUGCAGGCAUUUUUAUGUAAACACUUUUUCUGCCUUUACAGAGAAAAGGCAGUGUUUACAUGAAAAUUUCUAGGGACACCUCCAGUGGCCAUCACUCACACUAGAAAUGCAUCCUGGGUCAAUGCUGCACAACGUGUAGUUCUGACGUUCAGUCUCCAUGCAGAGCUGAAUAUUCCCCAUGGAGAUGCAGUGACUCAAUGCAUCUCUGAGGAGAUGCUGAUUGGCCAAUGUGGUGGUUUGCUGUGUGUGCACACAAGCCUCCCAAUGCUUUCCUGUAGGAAAGCAGUGAAUUAGCUGAGGUAGUCAGUUCUAAUUAUCUCACCCAAAGGGGCAUGGCCAGUGCUGGCAAACACUGCAGCAUUGAAAUAAAGGUAUGUUUUAGCCAUAUUUAAGGUGGGAGGUGGCCACAUUAGUGUUAAAAAUAAAUAAAAAAUUUAAUUAUAUAUUAAUAUAAAUUAUAUAUAAAUAAGUGUCAGGAAUACACUUUUGUAUUCACAUACAAAUUAGAGGAAGUGUUUGGGAAUUACAGCUCUAUAAUACGUAGCCACCCCUCUUUUUUUUUUUUUUUUUUUUUCAAUGGACUAAAAGUAAUUGGACAAUUGACUAAAAAGUGGUUUCAUGGACAGGUGUGGGCUAUUCCUUUAUUUCUUCGUCAAUUAAGCAAGUAAAAGGUCUGGAGUUGAUUCUAGGUGUGACAUUCACAUUUCAAAGCUGUUGCUGUGAACCCACAACAUGCGGUCAAAGCAGCUCUAUAGAAAGGCCAGAUUAGACUUUGCAAAAAAAUAAAUAAAAAGGCCAGGCAGUUCAUAGACUGCAUUUUAUUAGCCAUAUAAAACUAAGAUCAAACUGUACCACAGUGAUGGGAAGAAAAAAGUAUGGAGAAGGCUUGGCAGGGCUCAUGAUCCACACCAUCUGUAAGCAGUGUGGCAUGGGCAUGCAUGGCAUUGGGUCACUAUUGUUUUAUGUGACAGCAUACAGAAGCAGCUGGGUGAAUUGUAUAGGGAUAUAUUGUCUGCUCAGAUUUAGCCAAAUUCAGCAAAGUGAUUGGGUGGCGCUUCUCUUUAGAGAUGGGAAAAUGGCCCAAAACAUAGUGUGUGUGUGUAUAUAUAUAUGUGUAUGUAUACAAAAAAUAUUUUUGGCAAAGUGGAAUAUCACGGACGUGGCCAGCUACCUUUUUGUCUGUUUGUUUAUAUUGUACAGCGCUGCAGAAUAUGUUGGCGAUUAAUACAUAUUUUGCAAUGGCUGAGCAAUCACCUGAUAUCAACCUGAUUGAGCAUGCAUUUCACUUGCUUACUUUGAGAUAUUGUGCAACAGGGGCUCUGCGUGUUUUUAUUUUAGAAACUGAGUGGCUACCAAGAAAAGCGUUUCGGAGAAAUAACGUUUAAUGUUCAAGUAGUUAUUUUUAAUGUUGCCUUAAUGUACUGGUACUCUGAAUAUUUAUUCCCUGUUUUUUGUGUUCUUAUAAGUAUAAAUGCUUUUAUUUCUAAUAUAAUUAGCUUUCAGAUCAAUUAUGGAUUUAAUAAUCUUCAAAUCUUUUACACUAUUGCUUGAUCCAUCAGGUCUUUUGAUGUAGAACUAAAUUUUCCAAUAUACAAGACUGAAACAAAGAAUGACGACUUCCAUGUAAUAGAUAGUUUGGCAUUUCUAAAUGAAGACCUUGUAGGUGAGUUUGACACUACUAUGGUGAAAACAUUUUUGAUUAUAAUUUUUUGGUUUGUUUGUUCUGUGGUUUUUUUUUUUGUUUUUUUUUGAUAGAACAAAUAAUUGGUUGGAUAUCAAUGAUUUAGAGAGACUCCUGUUACAUCUGAAUAGUUAAUGUUCAAAGUUUAUUCAGAAUUUUGGUAUCCUGAUUAUGGCUUGUCUUUGGUUUUGCUACAAUUUACAUGUAUUGUUAAAGUUUCACCUUCCUGUAAGUGUUCACAUUAAAUCUGACCAUUUAUAAUCUAUAAUCUAUCCAUUCUACCUUCUGUGGAACUCCAUGCAGGUAUAUGAACUCCAAUUAAACUUAACAUGUAUAUUUUCUAAAGGGCACUCUAAGCACAGCUCCUAGUAGUGGUUAUGUUGCUAUGUGUCUCUGGCUUUAGUCCCUUGUGUUUGUGGUGUGUGUGUUUCCCCAGCUCCAAAAAACUAUUUUACAGCAGUUUGCCAAAACAUGUACCUGUCAUCGACACUCUUAGUCCACCGUUUCUGGCACACUAAUAAUUUUGGAAAUUUCACUUCCAUGUUUUGAAGCAUGAAUCUCUCGGACAUUGGUUGGCCAAGGUUGAGAAUGUUGGGUUAAUACAUCCCCAGUGCUCCCAGUUGAAGCACGGUAACUACUACACUGAUCAGUAAUGGUUAUGGUGCUUAUAGUGUACCUUUUAACAAAGUAGUCAGACUUUAUCAUGGGCACAUUUUUAGCAGAGAUGUUUGAGCUGGGCCCAACUUUUUUGCAUAGUGCCAUUAGCUAUCCAUAACUUUAAAAAUUUGUUAUAUGCAGUGUAUUCACAUAACACAUAAAAUAUUGUUUUACUUUUAUUUUUUAUUUUUUUUAGCUUCUAAAAGUGCAAAUCAAGGGUCUAUCUACAUAUGGAGCUGGGAGAGAUCGUUCAAGGCUAAGAAAUCAAAAGGCAAUAAGAAACUUGAUGCAGUGGUUUUAGCAGAGCUGAAGUGGUCAAACACUGAUUUCCCUUACAUCACCCUUACUGCAUCACAAGGUGUGUGUAUAUAAUUUUUUCUUUUUUGUUUUCUAACCUAAAGCAACUUCUAUUUCUGGGGGGAGGAAGGGUGAUGUUGGGAAGUGGCUUAAAGCAUGAAAUGUUAUCUCUUCUUUAUAGUCUAUGCAUUGUAAACUUGGAGAUUCUGGUGUAUGGCCGAAUUCCUGAACUCCAAGACAAAAUGUUCCAAAAUCAUUGACGAAUAGUUGUGCAAUGGGGUCAUGAUUCUGAAUUCUGCUCAUGAUGCCAAAAAACUGUUGAUGGCUAGGAGACCGUUACUAAAUGUUGAUUUUAUUCAAAUGAGAAGACAACAAUUGAUGGGAAAAGGAGGAGCUGUUUAAAUAAACAAUAUAUGGAAUAUGAUUUUUAUUUACAUAUUCUACUGCAAUCUACUACAAAUAUUUGUGUGUAUAUUUUGCAGCACACCAAUUAGCUUUUUUUAAAUAUUUUUUAUUUAAUUUUUUAUUUUUUUAAAAUUUCAUUUCCAAAUUAAAAUUUCGAUACCAGCAUUCUGACAAUCUGCUGCAAUGUGGGUGUUUUGAAAAAUGUGUUUUGGGUCCGAAAGAGUUUUGCCUGAGCUGAAUUAUCUCGCUGUGCACAAAUCUAAUGCACUGGUUCACUGCAUAUCUUAAUUUUCAAAGGGCAGUAUUCACUAAAAAUUUAGAUUUGCUUGUGCGUGGACCAUAAAAUGCUAUAAGAAUCUGCUGACCAUCUGUCAGUAGACAUCCGAGGCAUAUAUAGGACAAAUUAUUUCUUAUUAUGUGUAUGUUUUUGGUUAUGCUUGAAGUUGAGCGCAAUUCCGGUGGUGUAUAUGUGGGCUUUCAUAACUAUUCUAUCUUUAUAAUAUGGCAAAUUUUUAUAGAGUUUCAGGAGUUAAACUGGUUGGCAGAAUGCCACAUGAAACAAGUGAGCACUGAACUUUAGCCAUUUUGGAUAAUUAUCAAUUUCUGUGAGGUUUCUUCCAUCUUUUUAACGUGACAUUUUGCAUAAUUUUAGCUGAGCUUUUGGUACAUAAUGAAUUUCACCUAAAAGCUUUUCUGUGUUUUUUGAUUACGAGAGCAUUUAUGAGGCUCUGUACACUAUGUGAAAUUUGUAUAAUUCUUUAUGUAUUUAUUUACAGAAGGUCUCUGUGUUUUCUGUGGUGAUGAAGUAGGAAAAAUCUGGAUAUAUGAUCUAGAGUCUUGUAAAGCAGAAUUGAUAAAUGGCAUCCCAAGCAAAAAUCUGAAACCGCCAACAAAGGUAUUUGAUUUCAAGUUGACUUGUAUUGCUCAAGCAUACCUGUAAAUAUUACAGACUUUUUAUACAUGAAUCAAUAUUAAAAAAAAAAAGUCUAACUACUUAAUCAAGUAAAAACAUCAUAAUGUGUAACUUACCUGCUGUGAAACUCAUGAUUUGGCCAUUUUUAGGCAGUCAUACAAACCACCUCCUAUUUCUUGGUUUCUGCAUGACCAAUAUUAAAUAUUUAAAGCCAUUGAGAAUAAUCUGCAUUUAACCCCUAAAGGACGGUGGGUGUCCUAUGUACUUACCCGGUCGCCGGUGAUCGCAGUGGGGGGACACAUCUGGUAUCCCAGGGAGUCCCCCUGCUUCCGAUCCGGCCCUCCUUGGCCAUGUGAUUGUGAGCUCCUUGCGAGGACCUCACGAUCACAUGGACUGCAUAGCCGUCCACAGCAUUGCCAGCAGGGGGACUGCCUUGAAUGACAGCCUGGCUGUAAAAUAAAAGUUUAACACCUUUAAAAAUUAAAUAAUAUAAUAUAUAAUAUAAUAAAAAAAAUUUUUAAAAAAAUAUAUAGAUAGAUAUAUACACUAAGUGUAUUUUAAUAAUAUGAAAAUACAAGUAGAAUGAUAUUGAUUAAAUAUAUAAUAAAAUUACAUUAUAAAUAAAAUUAAAUAUAUGUUUCGUUCUAACUGUAUUGUGAUAUUAAUAUAGAUAGAUAUCAAAAUACACAUAGAACAAAAUAAUAUAAUUAAAAAAAUAUAUAUAUAUAUAUAUUUUGGGGGGGGGGGGUUGUCAAAUAUACCGUACAGUUAAUUUAAUUUUACAAUUGACAUUUUGAAAACCAUCAUCUGGUGGUGUAGGGCUAGGGUUUUUUUAGUUGCUUAUGAAUGGUUAUCAUGGAAUUUUAUGCUACGUGUUACGUGUGGGGGUGGUCUUACCUAUAUGUGAUUAUGGACAUCUUAUGUUUCAAUCUUCACGGUAUCCACUAUGUACUGCUGCUUUACCUCAUUUUUGUCUGGCAUAGGUCAGUAAUUGCGGCUCUUAUCUACUUCUGCAUUACUAGGUUUAGGCAUCCUUGCCACUUUUGCUUUCUUUGGUUCCGAUCGCCUACGUUUGGAUAAAUUACCGGUAGGUAUUGUGUUGGCAGGGGGAUUGAAGGGUACAUAUAGAUAUAUCCCUGCAUACUCACAAUUGCUCUCGUAGGUUACUACAGAUCGCCUGUAUCACCUUAUGCUGCUACUUUGCUUUGCUCAUUAGGUACGUCCUUUUUCGCCAUUUUCUCCCAACAUCCCUACCUCGUCGGGUUCAUAGUCUAGUUAUAUACUGGCAUUUGAGCAUAGGAGCCUCUAGGUAUGUUUUCUGGCCUUCUACGCCUUACGUUAGUGGUCCCGCAAGGCCAUCUCCCAUCCUCAUUUCGGAGGUACGACAUCCCCUCAGCCAAUUCAUAGUUAGCCGUCUUACUUGGUUGCAUAGGGAGGGCCUCACUUGUCACGCUCAUUCUGUCUUUUGCUGUUACAUGUCACAGAGAGGCUAUCUCCCCACCAUAAUGUCAAUGGCCACGUACCCCACUCUGGCCCAUUCAUAGUUAGUGCCUCUCACAGCCGCCUUGGCAACUAGCAGUGCCUCACCUGUCACGUAACUACCUAAUUGUUUCGCCACUUCAUUAGUUACUUCAGCCAGUUGGGUAUUGCCCCAGGUAACCUUCAAUUUUGUUUUAUAGCAUGUCACAACUACCAGAAGGCAGGGAAGAACUGUUUAUCCCCAGUACACCGGCUAGAUCAGUCACUCCAUCCUGGGGUGGCAACAAUGCGAGCCCUUCAUCCCUCAGGUCCUGGACCAUUCCUAGGAUCACAGCCAAAUUGAGGAAAAGGAACAUACCUUACCCAGCUGUGGCUAGGAAAGCCGAAUUAUAUAGAUUUCUGAAUACUCAGACUGAUAACACAGGGGCAGAUGAAGGGUCUAGUAGCGGUCAGUCUUCUGAUCUGCAUGCUGUAUUGUGUUCGGUCCUGACCUACUUGGGUCAUAUUACUGACAAGCUUGAUAAAAUGGACGCAGAUAGCCAGCAGCAUUCGCUCACGGCUCUGGGUAAUCCUGACGCUGCUGUUCUCCCCGGCCCUCUUCCUGGUAAUAUUCCAGCUGGUCCUAGAGAACUGCAUAUUAUUAACCUGGCACACAUGGUGCCUGCUAACCUUAAGAAGGACAUCUUGGAAGGGAAGGAUGUCAAUUUGAUACCACUGCUCAUUGCCUCCCAUGAUGUCCUUGAGAAUAAGACAUAUGCAUAUGGAGACGUGUCAGUGGUACUGAAAUCCAGGGACCUCAGGCUGAAUCGUAAGCAAUCCAUCCCUGAAUUCGUAUUGGCUUUCGGGAUCUACAGGGACGUAUUAUGCUCAGUGUAUCCCUAUAGGACGGGAGAAUUGGAUCUCUACCUCCACAAGCUGGUGGAUUUAGGGCACAAGUAUGGUGGUACGUCUUUUUAUGACGACCACCGUGCUUUCUCCGCAAAGGCGUCGACAGCUCUAUCCCAGUUUAAUUAUCAAGCUGACUGGAGUGUGCUUGAUACAGAGCUUUUUUGUCGACACUUUGCGGGCCUAAAGACGCCAGCUUGUGCCAUUUGUGCCUCCAACUCACACACGGCGAAUCUGUGCCCUAAUACCACGGAGGUGAAUACCUUCUGCCCCCCUUCCAACAUGAUGCCCACAGGGAGACCAGGCAGGGUUCUUAAGAAUAAACUGGGCCGCGAUAUAGUGUUCCUGGGAAAGUCACAAGUUUGUAAUAACUUUAAUACGGGCACUUGCGGUUAGGACCUGCAGGCUACUUCAUGUCUGCUCCCAAUGUUUCCGGGCUCACUCUAAAGUAAUGUGUCCAAAUAAAUUAUACACCAAGCAGUACCUUUCGUCUCUUAAUGUCUCCCUGCUGAAAGAUUUGUGUGGUCACCCAUCUCAACAUCUUGUGGAAUUUUUGGUGACCGGUUUCACUUUGGGAUUUAACAACAGUAUUAUUCUUAUGCCUUCAGGGGUCUUAGAAUGUAGAAACUUAUAGACGGCCCUGGCAGAUCCUGACUCUAUUGACCGACUACUCCAGAAAGAAAUUGACCAAGGGUUUUUAAUUGGCACUUUCGACUCUCCGCCUUUCGCGGUGUGGAGAACUAACCCCAUAGGUCUGGUCACGGGUAACUCUUCCAAUAAGCAAAGGUUGAUUCUUGACCUCUCUGCUCCCCAUGCAUCUCCUACCCCAAGUCUUAACUCACUUAUUUCGUCAGAAGAAUUUUCUCUUCACUACGCAACCAUAGAUAAUGCCAUCACGGCCAUCAUCUCUGCAGGGGUGGGUGAAUGGAUUAGCAAAACAGACCUAGUGAAUGCUUUUAAGCUACUUCCUAUCCAUCCGUCCCUGUGGCAUUUACAAGGUGUUAAGUGGCAAGGUGCAUACUAUUUUUUUUUUUUAUUUAUUUUUUUUUAUUUUAUUUUUUUUUCACGCGUCUCACAUUUUGGUUCUAAGAGCAGCCCAAGAAUUUUUUAUAUGUUUGCCGAGACGUUGUGUUGGAUACUGCUUGACACCUAUAGAUGCCCCACCAUUAUCCAUUACCUGAAUGAUUUUAUUUUUUUUUUUUCAUAGAAAGUAACCUGUUACCUCCCAGUAGCCUCCUUGCUACUACACGACUGUUCACACAACUAGGAGUGCCUAUUUCACCGACAAAGACUGAAGGUCCCGAUACGGUCAUCAACUUCUUGGGGGUGGUGCUGGACUCUGUACAUAUGCAGGCUAGCCUUCCCAGGGAGAAGAUCGAAAGCACCCUGUCUGCCAUUGACCUUUACCUAGCAGGGCAGUCAUGUAAUAGGAAGGAUUUGCAAUCCCUGUUAUGUUCACUUAAUUUUGCAAUGAAAAUCAUACCCCAAGGGCGGGCUUUCAUUUCCUGGUUGCUUAGCUUAUUUCCCCUAUUACAGUCCCAUUCCUCCCGCAUAAUGUUAAACGUACAUGCCACCGCUGACUUAAGCAUGUGGAGGUAAUUCUUGCUGCACUGGAAUGGAAAGAGCAUUUUCGUUCCAGUGUUGACAGACAAGUCCGUAUCUAUCAGGACAGAUGCCGCGGCCACUUCCGGAUUUGCCGCUAUUUUUGGCAAUGAAUGGAUGUGGGGCAACUGGCCGGUGGAAGUUGCUGAGAUCCCAGAGUUCAAGGACACCUCUGCUUUAUUUGCCCUAUUGUAGCAGCGGUAGUUAAAUGGGGAGCUUGCUGGUUGGGUAAUACGGUGCGUUGCUUCUCGGACAACAUGGCAACAUGCCAUAUUGUAAACCAGGGACGUUCCUCUUCCCUGGCCAUCAUGCGAUAUUUUUUUUUUUUUUGUUUGUUUUUUUUUUCUCACGUGGCAAGCGGCAAAAGAGUUUUUUUCCUAACUUGCAUACAUGUUCCUGGGGUUCUGAAUAUUGCUGCUGAUCAUUUAUCCCGAUCUCGUUUUCAGGAGUUCCGGGCGACACUACCCACAGCUGCCCUGAUACCAACUCCAGUGCCGAGAUGGCGGAAGAUGGGUUUUGGAUUAAAUAAGCUACUCACUCACGGGUCUUUCUGUUAACACCAGGAAGGCUUAUGGCAGGGCUUUUCAUAUUUUUAAUAGAUUUGUGCUUGACUUCAACAUCAAAUUUUCCAUGGAAACCAUGAUUGCGUUCAUUUCCUUUUGCCACCUUCACCUAAAACUAUCCUUCAACACCAUUAAAUUAUAUCUCCCCGGUAUUCAACACCACAUUCUCACCAGUUGGCCUAAUAAACAACGUUUCCUGUCAUCUUACCAAGUGAAGGCCAUACUUAAAGGUAUCAAGGACUCCACCCCUGCGCCCACGCCAUCCAGAUUACCUAUCCACGAUCUCCUAUUUCAGUCACUAUCAAACCUUUUAGAUACCUCACCAUUUGAAACUCAUACAAACCAGGUCAUGAAAACGGCCAUCUAUUUGGCGUUUUAUGGGUUCCUUCGGCCCAAAGAGUUUACCACCACUAAUUACAACACCAACUUCCUCACAAGAUCCAACCUGGUAAAAACACACGAUCACUAUUUACUGUCCCUACAUCAUACAAAAACUAGUGUCAAGGGACAGACUGUCACUAUUACCCUACUGGUAAUAAAUGGUGCCCUGUUGAAGUCUUCGACCAUUACCUUUCUUCCAUUUCAAUAGUUUUUGGCUAUCAACUAGAUGACGUUUUUGGCUCCAAUUUUUUACUUUCUAUGCACCUAUAUAUACUGUUACCAGCCAGGAUUGUUAAUCUUAUUCCAUUUUGAAAAAGCCCUAGUGGCGAAACGCGUAAAUGGUUUUAAAUUGUGUAUUUUAAAGCAAUAAAAAGUUCUAUUUGGUUACCUUUUUUUUUUUAUAGGACCAACCUUAUACUUAUUUUAUUGUAUAUACACUUUUUUUUUUAUUUUUUCCUGGCAUUUUAAUUUUAACUGUAUCCUGUUUCAAGCAAUCCAUAGGUGGGGAUAAUUCCACCAGUGCUGUGUCAAUAGAGCAGUAUUUUCUGCUCUACCAUUGUAGAGUAUAUUUUAUUUUACCAAUUUUAUUUACUUUUCCAACUGAGAGCACUAUUGCUGUUUUUUAUAUAUAUAUAUAUUGUGUGGAGUACGACGGACCCACUUCUCCAGUAUAUCCUUUAGCGGGGAUUAUACCGCUAAGCGCCCUCCAUCCCAGAGCUGGCCUUAGCUCCACCAAAUGUGAGUGUACUAUCCUCCUUUUUAUUUAUUUUACCUUUGGAGCUACAAUAUUUCACCAUUGGAAGUUUGUCGUGUUUUUUUUAUCUUCACAUAUACGGAUUACCUACAACCCGGACGGAUCAGCUCCUGAGGAUUGUACACAUACCCUAUCCAUGAUUUUUAUUGAACAUUUUAUUUAAUUUCUACUAACAUUUCAACACUUGGAUGGACUCUGUUUUACCUACUUUUUUUUUAUGGCGUUUUAAUAGAGACUAUUAUACCUAGGAGAGAAAGAGAUAUAUAUAUAUGUAUAUAUAUAUAUGUAUAUGUAUAUAUAUGUAUGUGUGUAUAUAUGUAUAUAUAUGUAUGUGUGUAUAUAUAUAUGUAUGUGUGUAUAUAUAUAUGUAUAUAUGUAUGUGUGUAUAUAUAUGUAUAUUAUUUCCUAUAAGUCUAUAUUGAUACAUUUUGGCGCAGCCUUGCACUAUUGUUAUUUUCUACUGUGUGUGUGUGUGUGUGUGUAUGUGUAUAUAUAUAUAUAUAUAAUGUGUAUGUAUUAAGGCAAUUUGCCUGCAUUUGUGGGAGGUGCUGGUUUUCUACCCCUAGCCUACUUAAGGCACUCCCCUUGCCUGGCUCCUUACCGUUCGAGGUCAGCGAUCCAAGUGGUCAGGAUCCACUUCCGGGUUCUCUCAGACGCCAUCUUGGUUUCAGUAUCCAGGAGCUUUCACCACGUUAAGCUGUGUCCAGGAAUCCUGUUCAGGCCUUUCCGCCCGUCCAGCUUCUUCUGACUCCGUUCUCCGUUGUAGAUCGCGUCCCAGGGACUCCUAAACCAUAAGUCAGACCUUCCUGUCACGCCAGGACUGGUUCCCACGGCGUACGGUACAGCACGGGUCCUCGCUUUACGGCUUUUCCCUGGUUAUGACACGAAUGUUUCAAGCCAUUCGCGGGCUUUUCAUUCGUACGGUCAUUCGGCUGAACAUGUUUUAAAUCGUUCAAUAGUCAUUUCGCAUAUCCUAUUCAUGUUAUUUAAACGAAUGUUCAUUCGGUUGUUUUGCCGUUCGGCAAAUUUUACAUACGCUCAUACACGCUUUGGUUCGCAUAAAUCAUACGGUUAAACUAUUCUAACUUCUGUGUUCCCCUCACAUUUGCUUUCGGCUGUUCUGUGUGUUCACGUAUAAUCCUUUCAUGAAUUAUAUUCACCAUUUCAUGUGUAUAUAACAUUCGGUUAAAGUAUUGCUUGCUUAAAUAGAUUAUUGUUGAUUACUUUUAACAAUUGUCAGUAUUGUAUUACGUCCACAAAUCAAGUCCACUUCUCUGUGUAUACCAUUUGACUCCCACGCUUUCAGGGGUCUGCAUUACUUAUCCAUUUAUACGAAUGGACUCAGCCUAUGUUACAAGCCUCAUUUCUGGGUUAUUAAUACAACAUAUACAAGGAUAGGUUCAUUUAAGCAAUAAUUCUCGGGUUGAUACGUCUUUGCUAUACAUACAUAUCAUAUAGAUAUACAUCACUUUACAUCAUGUUAAAUCAUUUUGGGGUAUCCCUGCCUUUGGUCUUUCUGCUACAUAUCAUACAUAACGCUGUGUUAAUUAGGCCAUGACCUCAUCCAUGUCCCUUUCUAUAAAACCAGUUACAUUUCGGUACAGAUCAUUGAACUCCCACGCCAGGAGUUUUAUAACUAUCCAUUUCAUUUCAAUUUACUCAGCCUACAUUACAGGCCUCAUUUCUCUGUCAUGACGAUGACACAUAAGGCUUAAAUCCUUUUGCAUGCAUACUCGGGUUGAAUCACACGUACUGAUCCAACCAAUCAUACGUCCCCUACACAGUCAUAUACAUAUGUAAUAUAACCUACGUUUCAUGUUUUCCUUUACACACCAUUAUCACGUAACACAUAGAUUGUUUGUACAUAGGCCACGGCCUCCCUCAGAUGUCUUAUUCAAGCAUGCAAACAUUUCUGAGCCACUCAUAGCUAUUCCCAUGGUAUCAACAUAAUUUUAUACAUUGCUGCUACAGACUAUAAGUCUGGUUCUUUUACACCCCACACUCAUCGUACUACUCUCUUUUACCCAUUUUUAGGCUGUCGAGCUUAUAUAAUUGCUCCACACGGUUUAUUCCUGUGAUUUAUCAUACUACCAGGUACGUACACCUGCUCAUAUGGUAUUCUACCAUACAUUUCAUUUCAUCCCCCUAGUUUAGAGUACUGGCAAUAGGGUCACAGGCUUCCCAAUAGAUAUUUACCCCAUCUUGGCUGUCGCCAUUAGUUAGUGGUCCCGCGAGGCCAACACCCCGCCUCAAACGUUUCGGAGGCAAACACCCAUCGGGCCACACGCUAGCUAGCCGCCUCGCAUGUUGCAAAGAGAGGGCCUCACCUGUCACUCCCUUCCCCUGUUUUCUGUCGUACAGUCACCGAGAGGCCUAAAACUCCUGCCACUACGUCAAGUGGCCUCAAUAACCCCUCGCGCCAACGCAUAGAUAGAGCCUCUCAAGCCGCUUGGCAAUUAGUAGGGCCUCACCUGUCACCAAACAAGCAUAAUACUUUCGCCAUCCGGCCUAGCUAGCCUGCCAGUACAAUUUGGUGGUUCUAUAUACUAAUUAUUGUUUUAUUUAUAGUAUGUCUCAGGAAGGGGUAGAGGAUUUCUCCCUGCCUAGCACCCCGGCUAGAGCUGUCACUCCCACACAAGGAGGAGAGCUAGCUAGUCCAGCAUCAAUUAGAUCCUGGACAAUCCCGCGCAUAACCACGGAAUUAAGGAGACGACAAAUCCCCUACCCCGCUACAGCAAGGAAGGCAGAACUUUUCAAACUGCUACGCACAUCAACCAAUAACAUGGAAGCCGGGGAAGGAUCUAGCCAGUCCAACCCAGGGGACAUACAUGCCAUGUUAUCCUCACUCAUGGCAUCCAUGGGCAAGGUCAACUCCAGGCUGGAGAAACUUGAGUCGGUCACCACGGCCCUCACUCUAGCAGGGCCACCCGCGGCUGCGGUACAAACACCAGCCUUGCCAUUAGUCGCUCCAGCCAGCCCCCUGGAUGACCAGGAAGUUAGCCCGGCCCACAUGAUACCUGAGCAUAUCAAAAGGGAUAUCCUGGAAGGUAAAGACGUCAACCUGGCUUCCCUGUUGAUUGCCUCCCAGGACAUUGUGGAACAUAAGACGUAUGCUUAUGAUGAUGUUUCUGUUAUUGUCAGAUCUAGGGAUGCCCGCCUGAACAGGAAACUGACUAUCCCUGAAUUUGUACUAGCGUUUGGUAUUUACAGGGAUGUCGUCUGUGCGGUUUAUCCCAACAGAAGAGAGGAGUUUGAUCUCUAUAUGCACAAGCUGGUAGACCUGGGCAACAAAUAUGGUGGUUCAGCAUUCUAUGACUACCAUAGGUCUUUUUCUGCAAAAGUGGCUGGAGCCUUCUCCCAGUACGGUACACGAUCCAACUGGGGAAGGAUUGAUACCGUCUUAUUCUGCAGACACUUUGCAGGUCUAAGAACACCAGCUUGUGCAUACUGCUCCUCCACAGCCCAUACUACUAAUUUUUGUCCCAACACGGCAGACGGACAUGCCUCCACACAAGGAACUAGUUCCUCUGGGGAUCCAGGGAAACUAUCCAAAGACAAAUUGGGACGCCCAAUCAAGUUUCUGGGCAAGUCCCAGAUAUGUAAUAAUUUCAAUGUUGGGUCUUGUAAUUACAGUGGAUGUAGACUAUUGCAUGUCUGUUCAAAAUGUUUUAGGGCACAUGCUAAGACCAUGUGUCCAAAUAAAAUGUAUUCUAAGCCUUACCUUACGUCCAUUAAUAUGCCAGUAUUCACAGCAUUGAUGUCUCAGCACCCAUCUAGACACCUGGUAGAUUUUCUUAUUUCUGGUUUAACAGAAGGCUUCCACACAGGUAUCCUACACAUACCAGCUGGCACUCUGGAAUGCCCAAACCUACAAUCCGCCCAACACAACCCCACAGUGGUUGACACCCUCAUAAACCAAGAAGUGGAGGAGGGCUUUGUAUUGGGGCCUUUUAGAACUCCCCCAUUCACAGAAUGGCGCACCAACCCUAUUGGUAUUGUCACAGGGAAAUCUUCCCAAAAACAGAGACUCAUCAUUGACUUAUCGGCUCCCCACUCAUCGGCCAACCCCAGUCUUAAUUCCCUCAUACCCUCUGAGGAAUUCUCUCUGCAAUACACCACCAUAGAUCACGCCAUUACAGCCAUCAUACAAGCAGGGGUGGGAGCCUGGCUCAGUAAGACCGACAUUACUAACGCCUUCAAAUUACUCCCUAUCCACCCCACACUGUGGCACCUGCAUGGCAUCAAGUGGUCCGAGAACUACUAUUUUUUUCUCCCGGUUAACUUUUGGGUCCAAAAGUAGCCCAGCUAUUUUCGACACAUUUGCCGAAGCACUAUGCUGGUUACUAUUGAACAUAGCCGGAUGCCCUACAGUAUUACAUUACUUGGACGAUUUCCUACUGGUCGAGGAGAAUACUGCACCUCCCACUAGCCUCAAAGCUACCACUAAGCUGUUUGAGCAACUAGGUGUACCCAUCUCCCCAAAGAAAACAGAAGGGCCAGACACGGUUAUCACUUUUCUGGGUAUCCAGUUAGACUCUGCCACAAUGCAAGCAAGCCUACCUUACGAAAAGAUAGACAAUAUUCUCACUUACAUAAACAACUACCUACAGCUCGGCACUUGCAACCGCAAAGAACUACAGUCCCUGCUGGGGUCACUAAAUUUUGCAAUGCGCAUCAUACCUCAAGGCCGCUCCUUUAUUUCACGACUAUUGCAUCUUUUCCCACUUUUUCUACAUGACACGCACAGGUUGUCCUUAGAUGCCCAAGCUACGGCAGAUCUAAACAUGUGGAAGAGGUUUUAACCACUUGGAAUGGUAAAAGUAUGUUCCUCCCUCAAUUGACUGAAUCAUCUCCUACCAUUUGGUCAGAUGCGGCAUCUACCACUGGUUUUGCAGCAAUUUUUGGGAACGAAUGGCUUUGGGGCAGCUGGCCUUCAGCAGUUCUGGAUUUGGAAGGUUUUUCCACUACCUCAGCUCUUUUUGAGAUCUACCCCAUAGUGGCGGCUGCCGUAGCGUGGGGUCAUUUAUGGGCUAAUACGCCAGUGCGUUGUUACUCAGACAACCAGGCGACCUGUCACAUCAUCAACAAAGGUCGUUCCAAAUCUCUUACGAUUAUGAGAUUUCUGAGGAAACUCACUUGGUUGGCAGCUUGUCAUAAUUUCUUCCUAUGUUGUUUCCAUGUGCCAGGUGUAUACAACACAGCUGCUGACAGUUUGUCUCGCUUUAAAUUUCAGGAGUUUCAUCAAGCACUCCCGUCAGCAGCACCCACAGCCACCAUCACUCCAACAUUUCAACAACUCAUACUGGACUAGACGUCAUCAUGCAGCAUAGCAGGACAUUGUCUCAGUUGGCACUUUCACACAAUACAAACAAAACAUACAACAGGGCUUUCACACUAUUCAAACGAUUCCUUCUGGAACAUAACAUCAUACAACCGUUUGUUAUGACAUCUUUUUUGGGGUUUGCUUCCUUUUGCCACCUUAAACUCAAAUUGUCAUAUAACACCAUCAAACUCUAUCUCACUGGCAUUCAACACCACAUGCUCAUCUUACACCCAAAUAACAACAGUUUCAUGGCCUCUCACCAAAUUAAGACCAAAAUCAGAACCCACACAUUUGGCCCAGAGGCUACCCAUAGAUAACCAUAUCUUCAAAGCUUUAUCUAACCUACUCGACCUGAAACCGUUUGUCACUAAUACGAAUUCUAUCAUCAAAACAGCAAUAUACAUCGCUUUCUAUGGAUUUCUACGACCCAGAGAAUUCACUACGACCUCCACGACCCAAACCACUCCAUUCCUCCUCUAUUCCCACUUGACAAAACAUAUGGAUCAUUACAUCCUGUCUUUACCUCACUCCAAAACCAGCCAGCACAUACCUGUAAACAUUCCGUACUACCCCACGCACAACAGAUGGUGUCCCGUAAAAGUUCUUGAUGCCUACAUACAGCACCAUCACUUACUGCCCUCACAACCAUUACUACAGCUACAAGGUGCAGUACUCACCACUACAACCUUCAUGACCUACGUCAGGUCCUUGCUCACACAACUGGGCCUCAACGCAAACAAUUACUCUGGACACUCCUUUCGUAUAGGAGCCGCGUCCACAGCCUCCAGUUUCAACGUCCCAACUCAUGUUAUCAAAACACUGGGGCGCUGGAAGUCAUCCGCUUACUCACGGUACAUACCGAACCCAGUACAAGAGUUAAGAGAUGCUUUCAUAAACAUGUCUGGUUGAUAAAUGUAUAUGUAUUGGUUGUCUGUUAAUAAAUUGGAUUACUUAAUUUUUGCCCUCUUCUUUCUCAGGCCUACCUCAUCGUCGGUUUCGGCACACCACAACCGACUUGCUCCUUUUAUCAUCCUACGCUUAUUCAUGGUAUUUCACACUGUACUAUCUUAAGCACCUAACAUAUAUAUAUAUAUAUAUAUAGUGUAUGUAUGUAAAAUAUUUUGAAAGCAUUGUUUAGUGAAUAAGCGAGUGUGCUGGAUUCUGUGUUUUGGCCCCAGCAGCACCCUAUAAUGUAUGCAUGUUUAGGUGAGUGCAGCCCUCUUGGUUUUGUGUGUAUAUAUGUAUGUGUAUAUUUUAUUUUAAACGUGUUUUUUAAGGAGGGUCGGGAAAGGCAUCAGGGGGACUCCCUGGGAUGCCAGGUGAGUUCCCCCCACUCGAUUGCCGGCGUUUAGGACCGGGUCCCCAAGGAUGGCAUAGAACGCCUGCCGUCCUUAAGGGGUUAAAGGGACACUAUAGUCAUCAAAACAACUUUAGCUUAAGGAAGCAGUUUUGGUGUAUAGAUCAUGAUCCUGCAGUCUCACUGCUCAAAUCUCUGCAAUUUAGGAGUCAGAUCCCUUUUGUUUGUUAAUGCAGCCCUAGUCACACCUCCCCUGGCUUUGACUCGCACACCAUGCAUGGGAAAAAAUGGUUUUACGUGCAAUAAAAUGUAACUUGCUUUAAAAGUGCUGUGGGGUCUAGAAAGCUAUCAACAGUGCAGGUGAUAAUACAUUUUAAUGUAAAUAGAAUUUGCAAUAAAGGAAGUAUAAACAUUAACUGACUUUACAGGAAGCGUUUAAGAAGGCUGUGCAAGUCACAUGCAGGGAGGUAUAACUAUGGUGCAUAAACAAAGUGAUUUAACUCCUAAAUGGCAGAGAAUUGAGCAGUGACACUGCAGGGAAAUGAUCUAUACACAGAAACUGCUUCAAUAAGCUAAAGUUGUUUUGGUGACUAUAAUGUCCCUUUAAGGUAGUUGGAUGCAUUAUUGGAUAUACAGGAAAUUAAGGUGCUUGUUUACUUAUGGUCACUGUGUUUUUUUUUUUUUUGUUUGUUUUUUCGUAGUGGGGGGAGGGGGGCUCGAGAGUCUGGUAUGGAAGGAGCUGUGGCUAGAUGACGCAUACCAGGCGCUAUGGUUGUACGUGGUUCGGCAUGCCCCGUAGAUAGCUGAGCACAACAUGCCAGAGGGUGAGGAUUACAAUGGCCCUGGCCUGUUGUGGGAGGCCUUUGAAGAACCAGAUUUCGGGAUUGCUGGAGAGUCCAGAUUCUGGGACAUCUACGACUACAGGGAGGACAUGCCCGAUUGGGCUUCAGUUAUAGAGGGGUGACAAGACUUGACAUUUCUGGUGACAAGAGUGGGAGCUGGAGCAGGACUACCAACUCCUGCUCCGCUCAAUUCGACCCCAAUAUACCUUGCAGGAAAACUGGGUGGCAGACCCAGACCUACAACCCUACAGCUGGGAAGACCUGGCUUAGGUACCCCCUGCUUUGCUACCAGCUCCAGUAGUAGGGGACCUCAUACACUGGUCCUGGGAAGACCCCCAGUUGGCAGGUGAAGAUGGGACCGAGAUCUUUCCAUCGGCCCUACAAGAAUGUUGGGCCGCCAGUCCAGAUCCCAAACCACAGCUGGAGCUACAGGGAGAAAAGUCAACCGGUCUCACUACCCAGCACCAGGCAGUGUCACAGGGAGAGGAGAUUGUCGGUCUCUCAUCCCAGCAUAAGCAAGCAGCACUGUGGGUGGAGAUGGUUGGUCCCACUAACCAGCACCAGGCAGCGUUAUCGGGAGUUGAGAUAAUUGGAUCAGGAACUGUACUAAUCUAAUCCAAUUAUCUCCUGGGCACAGAGGAGGGAUUAUCUGACUUUUGUAUGGGAGUGUGAGAGCCAAUAUGAUUGUGUAUUUAUUUAUUUAUUUCUACUGUGGUUUACGCUCAGGUCCAUUAAACCGAGAUUCGUUUUACCCUUCAUGAAGACUAGGCUCAUGUUUGGGUGAUUGGAGAGCUAUAUUCACACUCUGGGGAUUGCUAUAAUCACUAUACUCCCUUGGAUCAGAACACUUGCUCUUAUAUGAGCAGCCUGCUUUGCUCUCUGGACUAGGAGAGGUCUACCCACUGGAAACUUGAUCCUGGUCUUGGGUCCAGGGUGGGUGGAGGAAAGCGAGACACCAAGCUGCGAUGGUUUGUGGGGUUUACAGUGGUUAUGGUGGUGCAAUGCUUAUAGUGCUAGGAAGCAGUGCUUGACAGAGGUGCCAGGUGGUCCGUCACAGAACUUUACACUUUUUUUUUUUUUUUUAUAAAUACUUUUAAUACUUUAAUACUCGCAGCCACACCCAUAUUUGGAUAAUCCUUUCUACGUUGAUUUCUUUCACUUGUUAAUGCAAAAGACAAAGUAAGUACACCCUAUGAUCCAUGCCUCAGUAUUCUGCUCUCUAAACUAUUAACCAACUAGAACAUUCAACAAUUUGUUCUCUUCAGCUGUAGUUAGAGCAUAUAGUCUACACAUGGGACAAACUCCUCAGGCAUGUUUUUAAUCUUACAAUUCACUAUGAUUGCUCAAAAUGUGUCGUGUGUGUGUGUAUAUAUUUGAAAUGUGUUUUUUUUUUUUAUUUUUGUGCAUGAAAUUAAUUUAAUUAUUGCAUAAGUGCUGUUGUGUCGCUGCUGGUUCCUAGGAAUCCUAAACCUGUUUUUAUUAUCUCAAAACAGGUAAUUGAUUGGCCAUCUCUUGCCUCAGCUAAAGAUAUUGUGGAUGGAUCAAUGAUAAACACUGUUGCUGUGGACCCAACACUUCGAUACUUAGUAGCAUUGACAGAUAAAAAUCUCAUUGCUGUAUGGAAAAUAUUAUAAGCGAAACAUUUUUGUUUUAGUGGACAUAUGUCUAACUUUUACCAAUUUUUUUUUUUCUUUCA